GGCCAAAACAAUGAGCUAUAAAAACUGGCGACAUGCAUGUUGUUCGGCAGCACAAACCAACAAUCUGUGAUCCAAGCAGCAACAAGCCAAGUCCCCAUCGAAGAUGAAAUUCCUGAUCAUUGCCGUUGCCUUUCUGGCCUGCGCCUACGCCGAUGUCUCGGAGCUCGGUGCCUCUGGCUACGAUUAUCCUCAGCCAGCUCCUGUGAAGUCCUACGUCCCUCCUCCGCCACCACCGCCGCCGCCGGCACCCAAGAACACCUACAUUCCACCCCCGGCGGCCCCGGCCAAGGCCUACAUCCCUCCUCCACCACCACCGCCGCCACCAGCGCCCAAGAACACCUACAUUCCUCCCCCGGCAGCCCCAGCACCGGCGCCCGUUGAGUCCUACAUUCCCCCCGCAGCCCCCGCACCCGCCUACAUUCCCCCUGCCCCCGUCCAGGCCGAGGAGCCCAUCCAGGAGUACGAGCAGCCCGCCCAGGACGGAUACCGCUACAAGACCGUGCGCCGUCGCGUCUUCCGUCACCGCAACUAAGGCCCCAAAGAACCCAAGAACCCCCAAUUGUUAAAUAAUGUCAUAGGUCCUUUGCCGUGGAAUCUGUUAAUGUUUUCUGAGAAGAUGGAGUGUAAAUAAACGAUGAAAAG